AUGCCAGACAACUCACCUCUAACUCGUCUCCCCCUCUCAUCUCUACCGUGGUCGAGGAAGGCCAUGUCCAUCUCUCAAACCUACCACCUCGCUCAGGCUGCUCGUGGAAAGCUCGCUCACGAAGCCUCGCAACCCGACCAUUGCCUAGCUCGCCUCGUCGGUCACGCCAAUCUCCUCGACUCCCUCAUGCUCGAGCUCAGCCACGCCGAACAAGAAGAGCCACGCCUCUGCCCUGAGCCUCCCCGUCAACUAUCAAACAAACCUGAUGAUUCCCGGCAUGUUCAAUGGGCCGACUGCAUCGUCGAAGAUCCCGAGGAGGAUUGGCAGGCAUCAGAUGCAGACUCUUCCGACUCUGACAGCGAUUACGACUCAGAAGAAGACGAUGUAGCUCUAGAAGCUGAUGUUAUCUCGCUCCAACGCAUUAUACCUACCCCCUUCUCUCGCCCUGCUCCCAGCUAUGUCGAGCAUGGCCUUGAAAGCCUUUCUAUUCAUCAAUUACAAGAGUCUGUCCCCUCUCACAGGCAGCCACCUGAGCUCGACCAUGACUCCGACUCAUCAGAGGAUGAGAAUAUGCCACCUACUCCUCCAGCCAGUGCUCUACCUGGAUUUUUCGAAAAACCAUAUAACUCUGAUCUUUACGACGUGGUGGGAUCGUCCAAAGACUCACCCAUUAUACCGCCCUCCGAGCAGCAUGAAUUCUUCGAAAAGGGCUUCUAUCUACCUCGUCGAGGUGAGCAAGACUUGAUAUCUACCGUCAGUGUUUACUAG